UCAGUCAGAAAAAGUUAACUAUAUACGCAAAUCUAAAUCUAUAUCUAGCAUGUAAAGUGGAAGUUUGAUGGUAAUAAACAGUCAUUGACUGCGUUUAGUUAGUAAUUAAUUAGUGCAAGUAUGAAAAAAUAGAGAUUUUAAUAAAAAUGCUUUGUAUUCGUAAUUUUGGGAAAAAUUGCAUCUCACGGCCUGUCAGAUUGAUUUUGAAGGCUAAUUAUUCGCGACGCAGUAAGGAAAAUACAAGUACUUUUGAAAUUAUUAAAUCCAAUAAUGGAGAAUCUGUUGACGAUUUCGAUAAUACCAUUUUUGGGGCGAAUCCAAAUUGGGAAUUACUCACACCACGAGGAUUUAGGUUUUAUUUACCAGGAAGUAUUGGCCCUGGUUGGUUAGAUGCUUCAACCAUAGCUCAGGUAGAAACACAUUCAGAAAUUUUGCCCGCUGAUGAUUCAUUUUUAAAUGAAAUGACAUCGAAUAGUAAAAAGAAUACAAAAACAAAAAGAAGAAGGAAAAGUGAUCAUCCUAUUUUACAUUUUGUUGCACAACAAUGUCCAAUAUUAUUGAGAAAAGAGAUAGCCGAACUUUUUCCAGGAUGUCCGGAAGUACAUUCACCGCAACUCACAAUAAUUAGUCUUAGUCAAAAGAUAUAUGUAAAAACGGCGAGAUGGAGUAAGGAAGAGGAGGCUGAGAAGGUUGCCAAAUAUUUUGUACUGGCAGCAUCUGACAUUUGUAUGAAAUUGAAGAUGAUUGGAUUUUGGUCAGAUUUCAUUAAUCCAUUUAGUGGACAACCAUAUAAUAAUAUUUUGAAAAUUAGUCCCUUUUACAAAUCAAAUCCAAGUAAAAGAUGUUUGGAUUUUAAAAUUGAUCAAAAAGAUAAUUGUAAAAUAAUUUCCUACGAUAAAAAAGCAAACAACUUUAUCGGUAAUCUGUAUACAACAGCGCCGUCUACAUUUUUAAAAGAGAUAAUAUAUGAAAAAAAUGUUCAAUAAUUUUUAGCAUGUCUGAAAAUAAAUACUUUGUUGAUAGUUUCAAUGUUUAAUUAAUAAACAAAAAAAGGUCUGGUACAAGAUCUGUGAACAUACACGUGACUGAAUUAAUUGGAACUUUGUAUAAAUGUAUUAAUUUUUAGUGAAACUAAACUGACAAAAAGAAAAUUAAAGUCGAUUAUAGUUGAAAUAUUAUUAAAUUAAAUGAUUGAGAAAAAUUGAUUAAUUGAGAGUUUAAUAUUUUGUUUCCCCCAUAAUAAUCCGACGAAACUUCAAUCAUUAAAUUUAAUUAAAUUCAGCUAUAUUUAAAUCUGUGAGAUAAAAUAAAAACUUACGCUUAAAUUCA